CCGCCCGGCGCGGGAUGGGUCUCUCAGGCCUGUCGGCCGAGUUCGUCGACUGCCUGAGCUCGCACGAGCUGAGCCCAGAGCCGGCUCGGGUGUGGGUGUUCGGCUACGGCUCGCUCUGCUGGCGGCCCGGCUUCCCGUACUCGGAGAGGCGGAUCGGCCACGUGGAGGGCUACAUGCGCCGCUUCUGGCAGGGUAGCGUCACCCAUCGUGGCACGCGCGACAAGCCCGGCCGGGUCGCCACCCUGGUGGAGCGCACUCAGGGGGUCACGUGGGGCUGCGCCUUCUGCAUCACGGACCCGGCCGCCAUCAACUACCUGCACAGCCGCGAGGUGUCGCUGGGCGGCUACGAGACGCGCGUGACCCGCUUCCAGCCGCGGGACGGCCGCCAGCGCGCCUUCCCGGUCAUGCUGUACCUGGCGACCGACGACAACCCGCAGUGGCUGGGGCCGGCGCCGCUGGCACAGCUGGCCGAGCAGGUGGCCGGCGCGCGCGGCUGGAAGGGCCCCAACGCCGACUACGUGCUGCAGCUGGUGCGGUUCAUGAAGCGCCGCGAUGGCUCGAUCGCCGCCGAGCCGGCCGCCGAGCCGCCGGGCCGCCGCUGCUAG